CCGCUCGAUGGGACGAUGCAGCGCGCGGGGCCGGGCGGGGCGGGGCCUGGCGCGGCGGCGGCGGCGGGGCCGGGGCGCGCGCUGCUGAGGCGGGAGCUGCGGCUGCUCGAGUCCAUCUUCCACCGCGGCCACGAGCGCUUCCGCAUCGCCCGCGCCUGCCCGGACGAGCUGGGCUGCGAGUUCCUGCCCGGGCCGGCCGGGGGCGGGCCGGUCCGUAUCCAUGGCAACAUCACGGAAGCCUACCCGGCGGUUCCCCCCAUCUGGUCGGUGGAAUCGGAGGACCCCAACCUGGCGGCGGUCUUGGAGAGGCUCGCCGACGUAAAGAAGGGCAACACAUUGCUCCUGCAGCACCUGAAACGCAUCAUUUCCGACCUCUGCAAACUCUACAACCUUCCUCAGCAUCCAGAUGUGGAGAUGCUGGAUCAGCCCUUACCUGCUGAACAGAACACGCAGGAAGACGUAUCCUCGGAAGAGGAAGACGAGGAGAUGCCCGAGGACACGGAAGAGCUGGACCAUUAUGAAAUGAAGGAGGAAGAGCCGGUGGAAGGGAAGAAAGCGGAGGAUGAUGGGAUCGGCAAGGAGAACUUGGCUAUUCUUGAGAAAAUCAAAAAGAAUCAGAGGCAAGAUUACUUAAAUGGAGCGGUGUCUGGGUCCGUGCAGGCCACCGACCGGCUAAUGAAGGAACUCAGGGAUAUAUACCGAUCAGCAAGUUUCAAAGGUGGAAACUAUGCAGUGGAACUCAUGAACGACAGCCUCUACGACUGGAACGUGAAACUGCUGAAGGUGGAUGAGGACAGCGCCCUGCAUAGCGACCUGCAGAUCCUGAAAGAGAAGGAAGGGGCCGAUUUCAUUCUGCUCAACUUCACCUUUAAGGAUAACUUCCCCUUCGACCCCCCCUUCGUAAGAGUGGUGUCACCCGUGCUCUCGGGAGGGUACGUCUUGGGGGGAGGAGCCAUCUGCAUGGAGCUUUUGACCAAGCAGGGCUGGAGCAGCGCUUACUCGGUGGAGUCGGUCAUCAUGCAGAUCAGCGCCACCCUAGUGAAGGGCAAAGCCAGAGUCCAGUUUGGGGCAAACAAAAAUCAGUACAGCUUGACGAGAGCUCAGCAGUCCUACAAAUCCCUAGUCCAGAUCCACGAGAAGAACGGCUGGUACACGCCCCCCAAGGAAGACGGCUAGCCGCGGCGCCGACGGAGCAGGACCCCCCCACCCCGGACCCCCCCACCCCUCGCUGGACACUGUGCUCGGACUGCCUCUGAGGACAGUUUUUCUCUCCCUGGACUCCUUCGCCAACUCUUUGAAAGAGCAUCUGCCACGGCCUCUCGGCUUGGGCUCCUUAUAAACAUUUGCGGUGAGCAGCCCAGGCCUCGCUUGGACCCUCGCUGGCAGGCGAUUGAUUCUCUCCCCCUCACUCUUAUUAAAUGGGGGGAAGGAAAAAAAGAAGGAAGGAAGAACGAAAGAAAGAAAAAACAACACCCCACACUCACCCACACGCAAACUCCUGAAUUUUUUUUUUUCCCCUCUUCCGGCUUCUCUGCUGCUGCUGCUGCUGCGGUUCUUUAAACGAAAAAACAAAAAAAAAUUGCCUCUUCCUUCCACGCUGGAUUUAAUUUAUUUUCUUAUUGUUUUUUUUUCACGUACACAGCUCCCCUCUUCUUCUUCUUUCCCUUUCCCCAGCCCUCCUAGCCUUUUAUUUCUUUUUAUUUUUAUUUUUUCCUUUUUUUUUUUUCCUCUCCCCCUUUUCGUUUCGUUUUGGUUACAGUGUAUGAUGGAUGUCUAUGGGGAAAAAAAAUAUGUAUCUUUGGAAAAACAAUUACAUUUGUUAAUUUCAA